UAACCGUGGGACCUGAUGAUUUGUUGUGGUUAAUGUGCAGAUUUCUGUUUUUGGUUCUACUAUCCGUUGGAACCUCAUUUCAUUUAUCGUUCUGUGUCUUCAAUUAAAGCAUGUCGUCUAAGAUGCUAAUGUUUUGUGCGCCCGUUCAACAGAUGCAGAUAUUUGUUAAGAUCCACUCUUCAAAAUUUCGCAAAAAAAAAAGAUUCACUGUUUUAAGACUAUCACUCUUGUGGUCAUGGGAUCAGAUACGAUCUGGGAUGUCAAGGAUAAGAUUCAAGACAUGGAGGGCAUCCCUGCAGGCCAGCAAAAACUCUUGUUGGGCAGCUGUACCCUUGAAGACUACAAUAUCAAGGAGGAGUCCACCCUCACCCUUGACCUUUCCCCGCAGAUGCACAUCUUUGUGAAGACAUUGACUGACAAGAUCAUGACUAUUGAGGUUGAGCAAGCAGACACCAUAGACAGUGUGAAGGCAAAGAUUUUUGAUGAAACCGGUAUUUGCCCAGGGAGACAGCAUCUCGUCUUUGCUGGGAAUGAGCUGGAGGAUAGCUGCACCUUGGCUGACUACAACGUGCAAAAUGAAUCUACCCUUCAUAUCGUGCUUCGCUUCAGGUGUCAGAGAGGUGGGAUGCAUAUCUUUGUCAGGACACUGACUGAUAAGAUCAUGACUACUGAGGUUGAGGGAGAAGAUAGCAUAUACAGUGUGAAGGCAAAGGUUUUUGAUGAAACCGGCGUUCCCCCUGGCAGACAGCGUCUCAUCUUUGCUGGGAAGCAGCUGGAGGAUGUCCGCACAUUGGCUGACUACGGCGUGCAAGAUGAAUCUACCCUUCAUGUUGUGUUUCGCGGCCUCACGUGGCAGAGAGGUGGGAUGCGCAUCUCUGUCAGGACGUCGGCUGGGAAGAAAGUCAUUGAACAUGCGUAUAAGCGCAGGCAGACCAUUGACAACAUCAAAGCGUGGAUCUACUCUGAGUUGUGCAUUCUCCCGGAGCAGCAGCAGCUCUCUGACCAGGGUGGCCGAAGAGAUCUGUCGUUCUGCAAAUCUGUCCUGGUCGGUGAGACGGAUGUAAAUUGGUCCUUGACUGAUGGUGGAAAUUGUGGGAUCGCAGAGUCGGUAGAGGCUGAACUUGAAGGGCUGGUUUAGCAUGCAUGGGGUCAUUUUGGUACACUGUAGGGUGUAAAAUGAAAUAUAUUUUUUUUUGAAAAGGAGGGUGUAAAAUGAAUGAAGUAUUGUAGUUUCUGGGCUGGUA